AUGGCACACCCUCAACCGUCACCUCCUGGAGGCGUUCCUCCUCAACAUCAUGGCCACUUGGCUGCCCAUGCCCAAGUCAACGGUCAUAUUCCCGUGCAGUCGCAGGGUCAAAAAGGCCCGCACCUGAACACCGCCCAAAAGAUUGCUACUCUCAAUGAGCAAGUAUGGCUCCAAAUCGGCAGCGUCACCGAGUUGAUGGGCGAGCUCGACGGCGCCAUGGGCGCCUAUGAGCAAGCUCUCCGACACAACCAGUGGUCCAUCGCCGCAAUGACUGCCAUUUCCCAGAUUUUGCGCACUAGGGAGCAGUUUCCCAAAGCAAUCGAGUAUCUACAAAAUAUUCUGAAGCUGGACCCCCAGAGCGGAGAGACAUGGGGCAGUCUCGGACAUUGCCAUCUCAUGAUGGACAAUCUCCAGGAUGCCUACACAUCAUACCAACAGGCAUUGUACCACUUGCGUGAUCCCAAGGAGCCAAAACUCUGGUACGGAAUCGGCAUCCUCUACGAUCGCUAUGGCUCGCUCGACCAUGCCGAGGAGGCUUUCUCCCAGGUCAUGCGCAUGGCCCCCGACUUUGAAAAGGCCAACGAAAUUUAUUUCCGCCUCGGAAUCAUUUACAAACAGCAACAGAAAUUCAGCCAGAGUCUGGAAUGCUUCAAGUACAUCGUCAACGAUCCCCCUCGCCCACUCACCGAGGAAGACAUCUAUUUCCAAAUUGGCCAUGUACACGAGCAACAAAAAGACUUUGACGCUGCCCAAGCCGCCUAUCGCCGAGUGCUUGACAAGGACCCAAACCAUGCCAAGGUCCUGCAACAGCUCGGCUGGCUGUACCACCAGCAGAGCAACAGUUACGCAAGCCAAGAAAAGGCUAUCGAAUACCUGGAGAAAUCCGUCAGCGCAGACAAUAACGAUGCCCAAAGCUGGUACCUCCUCGGCCGCUGCUAUAUGUCGCAGCAAAAAUACCCCAAGGCAUACGAGGCAUACCAACAGGCAGUCUACCGCGACGGUCGUAACCCAACCUUCUGGUGCUCGAUCGGUGUGCUCUACUACCAAAUCAACCAAUAUCGCGAUGCCUUGGAUGCCUACUCCCGUGCUAUUCGCCUGAACCCGUACAUCUCCGAAGUCUGGUAUGAUCUGGGAACACUAUACGAGUCUUGCAACAACCAAACUGCCGAUGCCCUGGAUGCGUACGGCCGCGCUGCCGACCUGGAUCCGACCAAUGUACAUAUCAAGGCUCGUUUGCAGCUGUUGCAGGGCCAGAUGCAAGGGCAGACCCAAGCCAGUGCUCCAGCGCCUGUUCCUCAAGAUGUUCACCCCCAGGCGUAUCAAGCUCCUGGAGUCGGUGCUCCGCCAGCGCCUCAAUGGGGAGCUCCUGCGCCCACCGGCGGUCCCCCUCCUCAGCCUCCAGCACCCCCUCGUCAGAUUGCCGACUGGAAUCGGGGCAUCAAUGAGCUUCAAAAUCCCCCUCCACCGCCUCCGUCCGGAUAUGACCAAAGGGACGCCCUCCGCGGCCCGGCUCCUGGCCAACACCCAAGUCCUCGCCCAGACUUGCCGCGAUCAUCAUUGCCCGAGCCUCGCGGCCCACAGCCUCGUUCUCCAGCACCCAACGCGUAUCCUCCGACACACACUUUGCCUCAGCUGGCGCCUCCUGCUCCGGGUCCCCAUGACCGCGCGCCAAAUGGUGCUGGCUUCCGUGGCCCGCCUGGUCCCAACGGCGGGCCCGCUCCUGGUGGCCCCCCUCCUCCCUCUUAUGGGCGCCCAUUCACUCCUCCCACCGAAAUCCGUCCCCUUCGUGACAUCGCCGACCGUCCAUCUUCACCCGGCUCCACGUAUCCGCACCAACAAUUCCAUCACGGACCUAAUACCGUUUCUGGAAUUGCCGGGGGAGCUCCUCCACCGGCCGCGGCCAUGACUGCGGCCGAUGCUGCAGCUCGUGAUAGGGACGAUCGCCCACCAUCUGCUAUGAAGCGGGCCCGUGAAUGGGGGGAUAGUGGUGAAGGCGCCCCAUCCAAGAAGAUUGCCAACGAGGAUAACCGUAUCCGUCAGGAUGAUUUGAGUCGCCGUGUCACUCCUCCUAGAGAUAUUCACCGCCGCAGUUCCUCUGAGGCUCGUCGAGAUGAACAGCGUCGUGCCAACGACAACUAUCAUCCUUCUGAGGCUGCGCACCACCCCCCGACGCUUCCCUCCAUCCAGACUAUGCCACACCCUUCUGGUACCUCUAUCCCUCCCAUGAAUGAGGUCCCUCAAUCUGCCUCUAAUCCUCCGUCUGCUGGCCCCGCUGCUGCAUCUGUUAAAGAAGAAGGCAACCGCAAGGAGCAGGCCUCGUUGCAUGAGCCUGCCGCUCGCAAGAUGGACGUUGACGAGGACUAUGACGAUGACGUUGAAGACGAGAAGCGCGCUGGAACUGGCCCCAAGGGCAGUCCUCAUGGAAGCGCUGCUGCCAAUGGUAACCACACCAAUGGAAACACAGGCUCGGCCAAGCCGGAAUCUGCUUAG